AACUUAGCAGUUCAUCGUCAUGUCUCAGCUCGGUAUCAUUUGUUUUUAAUAAUUUUUAGCUUUUGUGCGUUUCUCCUUUUUUUUUAACUUUUCCGGAACAAAACCCUUUUUUUAAAAUUUAAACAUAAUAAUUGCUAAAACGUCUCAUUUCUGUCCGUAAUUUCAUUUCUUUUACAUUUCAUUAACGAAACAUUUUAAGCACGGCGUACAUCAGCAGUUGAUUCUUUUUGACCUUCGGUGUCAUCUAAUCCCCUCCUCUAGUCAAUUUUUGUGGAAUUCACCUUUUCGGAUCCAAAACGACAAAAGGAUACCUUAACCAUUAUCAAGAAACCCAAUCUCCAAAGAACCUUGUGGAAUUCUCACGACAAUCGGAAUUUUUUGGAAAAGCCAUUCAGAUUUCGGAAACUUAUGGAUUUGGCAGAACCUGUCAUAACAGCUCUUUAGAAGAUAAGGCCCGACAUCCAGGUUUCAUGUUCAAAAAUAUUUGCCAAACCGUUUUGUGCAAAAUACGAAGCUGGUACUGUCGGAGACGUCUUAGAUAGGCUUUUAUUUUUGAAUUUAGUUUUACUACGUGUUCGCCAGAUUAGGCGCUUUUAUUUAAACUUGAUAAAACCCUUAAGAGGUUUCCAAAAAAUAAACAUAUCGCUGUGCUAAUUUUUUUCCUGUGCCUUGUGUCCUGUUGAUAAUUUUUGGAGAAAACCCUACUCAACGGCACAUUAUCGCUCAGAAAGGGAGGAGAGCUUAAUACUCAAACAUUUUGGAAAACUGAAGGAGUGCAGACAUUGGGCCAUUAGCGAAUGCGCAAAGAACAAAUUUCAGCCCUUAAAUUUGCUUUUUAGACCAGAAUCUCCUUAGAAUCUGCUGACAUCGUAAGUCUUGCAGCAGAGCCUUCAACACAAGGGUUUCGCACUUGACAGCUUCCUAAUAAUAGCCAAGAUAGGAGAGUACAGCAUUGAAUAUCGAAACGAAUCCGGCCAAGAUAUGGCAGCCAAUACCUAUUGUGAUCACAAUAGGCUCUGUGAUAUGUUCCUGCGGGUUGGCAAUCAGCCAGGUCCGGCUGCUACGAAUCCAAUCCUGACUGUGAAUUCUAAAGACAAUUCGGCCGCUGCUGCGGCAGCAGCUAUCCUUGCGGCAAACGAUUACAAUAAUAGCAACUGGUUGAACAAUGGAUCUUUGUGUGAUGCAACCUUGAAUAGUGCAAGAAACAGGACCGGAUAUCUGAACAAGACUAAACGAAGACGGAAUCAAACCUCAUCCCGGGCAAUAGUUCAUCUACAGCAACAACAACAACAACAGACUGGCAAUACCACCGGUGCAACGACAAAUGCAAAUACCUCACACGUUAAUUUAUUGAAUAAUACACUUAACAACAAUCUGAAUAGCAUCAGUCAAAAUGCUGCUAUCAACAAUACAACGACAAAUUCUCAACUUCUAUCAAAUGUGAUCGGUUCAUCAAUGCAAAACCUGCUAACCAAUGGCUCAGCUACCGCAAAUCCUACCGCUAUCAAUGGGGCGUCAACUAAUCAUCACAUUCAUCAACAACAGUCACAUCGUCAACAACAGAUAAAUGGUCUUAUCAAUGGUACCAGUAACCUCAAUGCUAAUGUUAAUGCCAAUUUGUUGAACAACAACUAUCAAUCGGCUGUUGCUGCCGCUGUUGCAUCAACAACACCAGCUUUGUUGCAACAACAUAUCAAUGCUGUUGUAGUUGCACAACAGGAACAGCAGAAAAUGUUGCAUAAUGCAUUGUCACGGGCUGUAUCACAUCCCCAGGGUGCUGUUAAUACGAAUAUGAUGAAUACGUUGAUGAACACUCUUAUGGAUUUGGGACAUCGUAAAUUGGAACGGACACAGUCUGAACCGUUGGCUGCCCAGGUUAAUACUUCGAGAUACAAGACCGAAUUGUGCCGUCCAUUUGAGGAAGCUGGAGAAUGCAAAUACGGCGAAAAAUGUCAAUUUGCUCAUGGUGCUCAUGAAUUACGCAAUCUACAACGUCAUCCAAAAUAUAAAACCGAAUACUGCCGAACAUUCCAUAGUGUUGGAUUUUGCCCAUACGGACCACGCUGUCAUUUCGUCCACAAUGCCGAUGAAGCGCGCAAUGUUACCCGUAACAAUAUGAAUACAGCUGCCUAUACACGUCUAACAGCAGCAGCAGUUGCAGCUGCAACUGCAGCCGCUCAAGCUCAACAGAAUGGCGUAACAAACGGAACUGGGUUGAUGCAACAUCAGCUACCCUUGAGUCCACCAUUGAGCAUGUCAACAGGAUCAGAUCGUGCUUCACCAACCGGUUCGCUAUCAUUAAGCCCAACCAAUUCAAUGGCGAAUUUUGCAUUUGUAGAUCAGAUUAGCCCGGCUAAUUCAGUUUUGACACAGGGUGCGUUCAAUUUCAAUAGUCCACCAACUAGUCCACAUGGCAAUUCGCCAGUUACCACACCAUCUCCACCACCACAUGGUCUUUUAAGUGGCGGAGUAUCUCCUUCAAUGAUGUCGACUUCAUCAGUCGCAUCGUCUUCAUCUUCUUGCUCCAUGGGGGGCGGUGCAUCCAAUCUGACAACGCAAUCUGCACAACAGCAGACUUCCAGUCAAGCUCAGAGCUCUGUUCAGCUCCAUAAUAAACUAUCACAGAACCAGUUGCAACAGCAACAAUCACAAAAUCAACAGAGCGCCACACUCGCUCAGCAAAGUAGCGUAGGCAAUCUUGUUAAUAAUAAUCCUAAUAAUAGUGUAACCUCAGUAAGCAGCAGUGUCAGCGUCUCAGGCGCAGCUAGUGUUACCGAUGCAGAUGCACGUCUUCCAGUUUUCAAUCGUUUGAGUUCAACUGUUGAUGCUUUCACAAACUUGAGCAUCUAAAAAAGUAGAGAGAGAGUCGUCCUAUCCCUAAACUCUCCCAGUUGAACUCCUCUCCUUUAUUACUCUUAUAUAAACCUUAAAAAUUCACAAAAAACACUAUCAAUCAUUCUUAUGUAAUUAUUUUAACGAAGAAACAGCAAAAAUCUUGUAUCUAUUGAACUCGCAUCGUAUUAUAUGCGUUCCCCGCUUUUCGAGGGAGAGAGGAGAAAGCUAUACAUUAUUAUAUUUAGUUUAGUAAAGUAUAUAUUAAACUUCGCCGUUGAUACAGUAAAAUUUCAAUAGCACUUUACUAGGUGAUGGUAAGAAAAGUAGGGACGAGUAUUUACCGUCCUGGCGGCAUUGCUGCCUAUUCUGGCGUGCGGCUGCCUUAAUUUUUUUUAUAGCUCCACGAAAAACGCAUCCUUGGUACGAUGCUUCGCUAUUGUGCGUAAAUUCAAAACAUGUCAUUGAACGACCUGUAUUUUUUUUUUUGGAUAAAAACGAAGGGAUGUGGUGCAAAUCAAAUCAUAUUAACUAAAAAAUACUAUUAUUUAACUCUGCUGUGUGAUUACUAGAUAUAUGUAUCUUGGCGCAAAAGGCCGUAGUGUGCUUCCGACCCCCGGGACAAUAUAUAGACAAUGAAUGUAUAUAUUUUCUUAAAUUUCACAAAAACGCGGUUCAGAAACAUGAAUAAGGUUCUAAGGUUUAGUGAUGAAGCAGAUAUUGGGGGUCGUGAGAGGAAAAAAUCGCUCAAAAUUACAGAUGAGUUGUAGGACCGCCCACAAGUUUCGUGGGUUUUCCGUGUGACACGAAAUCUUGGCGUGUGAUGUAGUUGUCUCUUCUUCAAUUUUAAUUUAUCCAAACUACGAAAAUUUAUUAUUUUUCUCCCUAGAUUGUAGGCAUACGCACAUAUACGUCCAAUGAAAUUCUGUUUUAAUACCAUCCCAGCCUUAUUCACUUGCAAGUUUUUAUAUACGUACCUUAAUGAUUCCUUUAUAAACAUCAGAUUUCAUUUUUCGUAUGUUUUGAAGUGAAGCGAUAUGCACAGAUCUCAAAAGCUGAGCAAGCUAAAUCAAUUCAGGCGACAUUGCCCGGAAACGAUCCGGUAUCAGAUGUAUUGAAUUUUGUGUGUAAGUUAAUUAGAUUUAGAGGAAAAUUUGGUACAAUUUGUCUGAUACGCAUCGGUCUCCGAAAGAAUCGAAUAGAAUGUGACAUGCUCGAUGGGAGUCAGAAGCGUUUUUGAAUAAGUCCCGUCCCUUGACACCUCGCUGUUCGGGCCUUGUAUCCCAUUGUAUCGCGAGAGUCCUUCAUAGCGGACUCAAGGGAGCCGGAAUCUACUCAGUUCCGUUUUUAUCUGACCAAAAGACCAUUGUCAUAGCCCUGAUGAGUUUGAAUUGAAUGACGCGCACGUAGCAGUUUUUUUUGCUGUCGUUUUCAACACUUUUUAAUUACAAACUAAUUAUUUAAUAUAUUUUUGAGUCGAUUUUUUACACAUUUUCAUAAAAAUCUUUCUUAUAAAUUUUUACGCAUAAUUUUUUUUUUAAUAGUGUAUUUUCCAUUUAUUCUUCUUCCCCUACAUUUUUUCUACUUGUAAUUAUAUUUGUAGUGAUAUAUCAUGUGUGGUAAUAAAUUUAGGUAGAUGCGAAGAAAGAAAGAAAACUAGAAGAAAAAACCGAACGCACAAAAUCAUGUUGUCGUUGAAGUAAUCUAGAUAUUUUGAUAUAACCCUUUUAUAACUUAAAAAAAAUAUAAGUAAUUAUUUGAAACGUUCUAUAUAAAUAUAUAUAUAUAUAUAAAUAUUUACAAGCAAAGGAAACAUUUUUCUCAAGUGCCUUAUUAUUUUUAAUUUAUUAUUUCUUAGAUACUGUGUGGAUUAUUCGUGCUUUUCUUGAGUUCUAAUUCUUUAACUGAACAUUUAAUUUUCAUUAAAACGAGAACACAUACGACUUCUUUGAUUCCAUUUAUAUCCCUAAACAAAGCUGCGUUUCAAAACACAAAAAAAUAAGGAUUAAGAAAAGAAAUAUCUUUAGCUUUCUGAAAAAACCCUAGUUUUUAAGUUAUUUGUCUUCCGAAAAACAAAAACAAAAAACAAAACGAAAACUCUUGCUUUCAUUUUAUUUUUGAUAAUAAUUUGCAAUUCUUUAUUUGAUAUUGAUAUAUUUUUAUUUUACACAUUCUAAAUAUAAUUUCAUAUAUUUUGGUUUUCUCGAUAUUUACGAUUGGUAAAAGCUUUUUUUGUAGAUUGCUCCUGCUAUUAAAACUAUGGUUUCAUAUUUAUUAAAUUAAAUAUUUAAAAACGAAAAUGAGAAUGAAAAAAAUAUCAAAGCAAUGAAGUUCAUAAUUAACUAUAUAUUUUUAUACCUCUUGUAACACAAUGCACACAAUUGUGAAAUCAAAUCUAAAAAAUAAAAAUAAUUUAAUGGAAUAUUUAUUGAUACAUUAUUUUGGUUUCUUUACCUACAAUUAAGAUUUUUACAUAAACAUAUAUAUAUUAUGUUACGGAAUAUAAAUACCAUUCAAACAAAAUACAAUCAAAAAUACUUUAUGCUUCUUAAAUAGUACAUAAGACAAUAAAAACAAUUUUACACGUAAAUUAUAAUUGAUUUAAUUAUUUCGAGCUACAAAGAAUAAAUGAGACCUUAUAUAAAAGACAAAACUAUUGUGUGAGCCUGUAUUAUGUAAUAUGUAAUAUUUAAUUUUUUUUAUAUUCAAUACUUUAUUAUAUAUAUUUUUGCUAAUUUAUUACAUACUCUAUCUUUUUUUUUGUAUCUUUCACAUUGCUACUUGAAUCAGUCGUGAAAAAACACUGAAUUGCAUUGAAAAUUACGAAACUGAACUCUAAACAAGUGUAAAUUCCAGACAAGGUUUCUUUUGUGCUUUUGCCCGGAUUAUUUUUCUUCAAAAGAAGGAAUUUGCAAUUUAAUUUUUAUCCGAAUAAAUAUUGUGAAGUUGUUCCUUUUUCAAAAAUUAAACAUUUCCUGUUUUUGGUUUACAUUGAAUAGCAAAUGUAUAUAAUUUUGAUUUUCGGUUUCCUUGUACACCAACUUAUCCUUUACAAUAUUUGUCUUGAAUUCACGAUUUAGAUUAACUCUGCCCCCCACUCCCCCCGUUUUGAAUUCGUUUUUGGGAAAAAUAUCCAAGAGAAAGUGAAGAGAACACUGAGAACGAAAAACAAAUUGUGUUAAUUUUUUAGAUUUGUAAUGCAUUAAGAAGUGAAAUAAUUUAUAUAUUUAUACUAUUUUUUUGUAAAUUAUUUAAAAAUAAAAACUUGAUCAUGAAUA